AUGGACCAAGUAAUACAAAAAUCUCGCUUUUGUUUACCCGGAUCCCGUGCCGAGCUUUUCGAGAGCCCGAAGACUGACCGAGUCAACAAACAUGCCCAGACACAGCAUGCUAUCAACAAGGAGGAGAAGGAUUUCUUAAAGAAGCUCCAAGACGACAUCAGCAACUACGAGGAGACCAGCGAGCUCGAUGUUCCUAACCCCGAAGAAGACAAAAAAUCAUGCACCCCUCUGAGCCAGCCAACCAAGAAUCUCCGCCUGCCGAUACCAGCAGAGGUGGAGAAGCUCUACUCGAGAUUGUUGACAGUUGGUUCUGCAGAGCACGAGACCAAGUUCGUCACUUUCGAUAUCGAGAGCACCGACACCACAAGCCGUGAGCAUACUAAGCAGGGUGAGCCAAGAUCAGGCAUUGAAGGUCCCCAAGACUUGCUCGGCGGCGGCGACGACGAGCCAGGCACAACUACUGGCGAUGCUGAGGUUCUGGUCGGCGACAAUAAGAGCCGCAGAUUCAAAUCCAAGCUAGAGGUAAGCUUCACCAACACCAGCACCAGCACCAACAUCAAGCAUCCCCAAGACGACAGAAUUCUUCCUCACGCCAAGAAAUCCACACUUUCUACCGAUACCGAUAGCCCUGCUACCAACCAUCCCCAAGACGAGCAGCCCACCCAAGCCGAUCAAUCGCCCAGCCCACCCAAGUCAAGUCAACUCCUUCCCGACCCAGAGAUUCGCAAAGACAACGACCCUCGACCCUGCCAAUAUCCGAGGCUGAGGCGACACGAGAGAUUGGGGGGGGACUGUGCGGCUGUCUCACGUUGCGUGUUUGGAAUGGCAUCCGGGAAAAAAGCGGGUGAUACCUACGAGGCAUUGUUGAUAAUACUGGGAGACCAGGAAGCAUACGAGUGGUUCUAG